CAGGUUGGUCAUGACAAACAAGAGCCUUCCUCCCGUAGCUGGCUGCAGUUUCUCUCUCUAAAACCUCCUUUGGGAUCCCGCUGGAUCCAUCCCACUCUUCUGAUCCAAACAAAUCUUUUCAUUUUCUGCCAUUUAAUGUUAAAUUUCGAAACCUAAUCCACGGAUUCUAAUUUUCUUAAUUCACUUGUUUUUUCUCCCAAUUUUCCCUAUAUGAGAUUGGGACUUUUAGGGUUUAGUAAUCAUCCAAUCAAAACGAUCCGGUAAAUAUCGUCAGAGCUGGGGGCGAAUCAGUCUCACAAUCGCCCGGCAGCGGCGCAAUCCGGCAUCGGAAUCUUCUUCCUUCGCCCUAAUGCGCCACGCACCCACACCCUCCAAUAUCUCCACCACAUGGACUCCAUGAACCGCCGCGCUGCCGAGCACCCUCCGUCUUCCUCCGCCGAUUCCUCCUCUUCCCCUUCUCCCGCUUCCUCCGCCCCUCAUGUCCCCGAAGAGCCUGAGUACUUGGCUCGAUACAUGGUUGUCAAACACUCCUGGCGUGGCCGCUAUAAACGAAUCCUCUGUAUAUCAACCUCUGCGAUCAUCACUUUGGAUCCGUCUACUUUGUCGGUGACAAAUUCGUAUAAUGUGGCGACGGAUUAUGAAGGUGCCACGCCGAUCAUUGGCCGCGAUGAUAAUUCGUUUGAAUUUAACAUCAGUGUGCGGACGGAUGGACGUGGGAAGUUUAAGGGCAUGAAGUUUUCGUCAAGGUUUAGGGCGAGUAUAUUGACUGAGUUGCAUAGGUUGAGGUGGAAUAGGAUUGGCGCUGUGGCAGAGUUUCCGGUGCUUCAUCUGCGGAGGCGGACUGGGGAGUGGGUUCCCUUUAAAAUGAAAGUUACUUAUGUUGGACUUGAACUCAUUGAAUUGAAAUCUGGAGAUCUUCGCUGGUGUCUGGAUUUUAGAGAUAUGAAUUCCCCUGCUAUUAUUCUCCUCUCUGAUGCUUACGGGAAGAAAAACACUGAGCAUGGAGGUUUUGUUCUAUGCCCUUUAUAUGGAAGAAAAUCUAAAGCUUUCCAAGCUGCUUCAGGGACUUCAACUACUGCCAUUAUAUCAAAUUUGACUAAAACAGCAAAAUCCAUGGUUGGGUUGUCACUAGUUGUGGACAGUUCUCAGUCACUUUCUGUUGCCGAGUACAUAAAGCGAAGGGCCAAAGAGGCAGUUGGAGCAGAAGAGACCCCUUGUGGGGGUUGGUCUGUGACAAGGUUGCGGUCUGCUGCUCAUGGAACUCUUAAUGUUCCAGGAUUGGGUUUGGGAGUGGGGCCAAAAGGAGGACUUGGGGAGCAAGGUGAUGCUGUAUCUCGUCAACUCAUUCUCUCAAAAGUUUCACUUGUUGAAAGGCGCCCUGCGAACUAUGAAGCUGUUAUUGUUCGACCUUUAUCUGCGGUAAGCUCCCUUGUUCGAUUUGCCGAGGAGCCCCAGAUGUUUGCAAUAGAAUUCAAUGAUGGAUGCCCUAUUCAUGUUUACGCAAGCACAUCUCGUGAUAGCUUACUUGCAGCAGUUCGUGAUGUGUUGCAAACAGAAGGCCAGUGUGCAGUACCAAUUUUACCAAGGUUAACUAUGCCUGGCCAUCGUAUUGAUCCACCUUGUGGGAGGGUUCUUUUGCAAUUCCAGCAAUCCCCUAUUGGACAACAACGUCCUGUUUCUGACGUGGAAAGUGCGUCCAUGCAUUUGAAGCACUUAGCAGCAGCUGCCAAAGAUGCUGUUGCAGAAGGGGGCUCAGUUCCAGGGUCACGAGCUAAACUGUGGCGUAGAAUAAGAGAGCUAAAUGCAUGUAUUCCUUACACUGGAGUGCCCCCAAACAUUGAGGUGCCUGAAGUGACAUUGAUGGCCUUGAUUACCAUGCUUCCAGCUACUCCAAAUCUUCCUCCAGAAUCCCCUCCUUUGCCACCUCCUUCUCCUAAAGCUGCUGCAACAGUGAUGGGAUUUAUUGCUUGUCUACGCAGAUUAUUGGCUUCAAGAAGUGCAGCUUCACAUGUGAUGUCUUUUCCUGCAGCUGUUGGAAGAAUAAUGGGUUUACUCAGAAAUGGUUCAGAGGGUGUAGCUGCUGAAGCUGCAGGGCUUGUUGCAGUUCUUAUCGGUGGUGGUCCUGGGGAUACAAAUGCAUUGGCUGAUACUAAAGGAGAGCGCCACGCCACAUAUAUGCAUACCAAGUCUGUGUUGUUUGCUCAUCAUGGUUAUGUUAUUAUCCUUGUCAAUAGAUUGAAGCCUAUGUCAGUAUCGCCUUUGUUAUCAAUGUCUGUUGUUGAAGUUCUUGAGGCUAUGAUAUGUGAUCCACAUGGUGAAACUACCCAAUAUACAGUUUUUGUUGAAUUAUUACGGCAAGUGGCUGGCUUGCGCCGUCGCCUGUUUGCAUUGUUUGGACAUCCAGCUGAAAGUGUGAGAGAAACUGUGGCUCUAAUCAUGCGUACGAUUGCAGAAGAAGAUGCAAUUGCAGCAGAAUCAAUGCGUGAUGCUGCUUUGCGUGAUGGUGCUUUGUUGAGGCAUCUGUUGCAUGCUUUUUUCCUUCCUGCUGGUGAGCGACGUGAAGUUAGUCGACAGCUUGUUGCUCUUUGGGCAGAUUCUUAUCAACCGGCUCUUGAGUUAUUGUCUAGAGUACUGCCCCCUGGACUGGUUGCUUAUUUGCAUACUCGUUCUGAUGGGGUUGUACCUGAAGAUGCACAGAACAUACCGAAUCAAGAAGGAUCACUUAUCAGUAGAAGACAGAGACGCUUACUUCAGCAGAGGAGAGGCCGUGUCGGUGUAGGGAAAGGAAUAACAUCUCAAGAUCAUUCCUUACCUUCUGUUAACAACUCUGAUGCUGGUGAUCCAACACGGCAAAGUUCUGCUGCUUUUAAAGCAUCAGAUAGCUAUUACAAACCUGCUCCUGAUCCAACUUCUGGACAGGUUCCAGCUGGACAUCCAUCUGCUGCUCACACAGGUGAAAACUUAACAAAUGAGUUGUCCUCUACAGGGGUUCCACAAGUGGAUUAUUCAGCUGCUGUAGUUUCAUCCGAUGCUCUGGCAAUGAACACAAAGGAGGCACUGGAAUCGAUUGCUUCAAAUUCUGUUGAUUCUGAUCCUAAUGUGGCUAAUUUCCAGAAUGCAGGCCUUCCAGCUCCUGCACAGGUUGUUGUGGAGAACACACCUGUGGGAUCAGGAAGGCUUUUGUGUAACUGGCCUGAAUUUUGGCGAGCUUUUAGCCUUGAUCACAACCGGGCAGAUUUGAUCUGGAAUGAGCGCACCAGGCAAGAGUUGAGAGAGGCUUUGCAGGCCGAGGUCCAUAAACUGGAUGUUGAGAAGGAACGAACGGAAGAUAUUGUUCCUGGUGGUUCGACAGUGGAGAUUAUGAGUGGUCAAGAUAAUGUGCCUCAGAUAUCAUGGAACUACACUGAGUUUUCUGUUAGUUAUCCCAGUUUAUCAAAGGAAGUUUGUGUUGGUCAAUAUUAUCUGCGUUUAUUACUGGAAAGUGGCAGCAGUGGCAGGGCACAGGAUUUCCCACUGCGUGAUCCAGUUGCCUUUUUUAGAGCGUUGUAUCAUCGAUUCUUAUGUGAUGCUGACAUAGGGCUUACAGUUGACGGUGCUGUUCCUGAUGAACUAGGCGCAUCUGAUGAUUGGUGUGAUAUGGGAAGAUUAGAUGGUUUUGGAGGAGGUGGAGGCUCUUCAGUAAGAGAGCUUUGUGCAAGGGCAAUGGCUAUUGUAUAUGAACAGCAUUAUAAAGUAAUAGGCCCUUUUGAUGGUACUGCUCACAUUACAGUUCUCUUGGAUAGGACUGAUGAUAGGGCCUUGAGGCAUCGCCUUCUUCUUCUUCUGAAGGUGCUAAUGAAAGUUUUAUCAAAUGUAGAGGCUUGUGUCUUGGUGGGAGGGUGUGUAUUAGCCGUUGAUAUGCUGACAGUAGUUCAUGAAGCAUCAGAAAGAACGGCUAUUCCUUUGCAAUCAAAUUUGAUAGCUGCUUCUGCUUUCAUGGAACCAUUAAAGGAAUGGAUGUUUGUUGACAAGGAAGGUGUACAAGUUGGACCACUGGAGAAGGAUGCUAUCAGAAGAUUCUGGUCAAAGAAAGGUAUUGAUUGGACAACAAGGUGCUGGGCUUCUGGGAUGUCAGAUUGGAAGAGAUUACGUGAUAUCCGUGAACUUCGGUGGGCACUAGCUGUUCGGGUUCCUGUUCUUACUUCAACGCAGGUAGGGGAGGCAGCAUUGUCCAUAUUACAUAGCAUGGUAUCUGCACAUUCAGAUUUAGAUGAUGCUGGUGAGAUAGUUACCCCAACUCCUAGAGUGAAAUGGAUCUUGUCAAGUCCUCGUUGUCUUCCACAUAUUGCACAGGCUAUGCUCACUGGGGAACCAAGUAUUGUGGAGGGUGCAGCUGCUUUGCUGAAGGCUGUUGUUACUAGAAAUCCCAAGGCAAUGAUACGUCUAUACAGCACAGGUGCAUUUUACUUUGCCCUGUCAUACCCUGGAUCUAAUCUCCUUUCAAUUGCCCAACUCUUCUCAGUGACUCAUGUCCAUCAAGCAUUUCAUGGUGGCGAAGAAGCUGCAGUUUCUUCUUCGUUGCCACUAGCAAAACGUAGUGUAUUGGGUGGACAUCUCCCAGAAUCCUUGCUGUAUGUGUUGGAGCGUAGUGGUCCUGCUGCGUUUGCAGCAGCUAUGGUAUCUGACUCUGAUACUCCUGAAAUUAUAUGGACACACAAAAUGAGAGCAGAAAAUCUGAUCCGGCAGGUGUUGCAGCAUCUUGGUGAUUUUCCUCAGAAAUUGUCACAGCAUUGUCAUUCAUUAUAUGAUUAUGCUCCAAUGCCACCGGUAACAUAUCCAGAGCUAAGAGAUGAAAUGUGGUGUCACCGCUAUUACCUUCGAAACUUAUGUGAUGAGAUUCGGUUUCCAAAUUGGCCAAUUGUUGAGCAUGUUGAGUUUCUACAGUCAUUGCUGGUAAUGUGGCGUGAAGAGUUGACAAGAAAACCUAUGGAUCUAUCUGAAGAGGAAGCUUGCAAAAUACUUGAGAUAUCUUUGGAAGAUGUAUCAGGUGAUGAUGCUAGUAACAAACACUCUUCCGAGAUUGCUGAGGAUAUUACGAGCAUAUCCAAGCAGAUUGAGAAUAUUGAUGAAGAAAAACUCAAGCGACAAUAUAGGAAACUUGCAAUGAAAUACCAUCCUGACAAAAAUCCUGAAGGCAGGGAAAAGUUUCUUGCUGUACAGAAAGCUUAUGAGCGCUUGCAGGCUACCAUGCAAGGCUUGCAAGGCCCCCAACUUUGGAGGUUGUUGCUUUUAUUGAAAGGACAGUGCAUCUUGUACAGGCGAUAUGGACAUGUGUUAGAGCCCUUUAAAUAUGCUGGUUAUCCGAUGUUACUCAAUUGUGUCACUGUGGACAAGGAUGAUAACAAUUUUCUUUCCUCUGAUAGAGCACCUCUCCUUGUUGCAGCGUCAGAACUCAUUUGGCUAACAUGUGCGUCUUCUUCAUUAAAUGGUGAAGAACUUGUAAGGGAUGGUGGGAUCCAACUUCUUGCAACUCUUCUUUCCCGUUGCAUGUGUGUAGUUCAACCAACUACUCCUUCAAGUGAACCAUCCGCCAUCAUUGUGACCAAUGUGAUGCGAACCUUCUCUGUUCUGAGCCAAUUUGAGAGUGCCAGAUUUGAGAUGCUUGAAUUUUCUGGUCUAGUUGAUGACAUUGUCCACUGCACUGAACUUGAGCUUGCACCUGCAGCUGUUGAUGCUGCUCUACAGACGAUUGCAUAUAUUUCUGUAUCCUCUGAAUUACAAGAUGCCUUGUUAAAAGCUGGUGUUUUAUGGUAUCUAUUGCCAUUGUUGCUUCAGUAUGAUUCAACUGCUGACGAAUCUGAUGCGACGGAGGCACAUGGUGUUGGUGCUAGUGUACAAAUAGCCAAAAAUUUGCAUGCUGUUCGUGCAUCUCAGGCCCUGUCAAGGCUUAGUGGUUUGUGUACUGAUGGGAUUUCAACACCCUUUAAUCAGGCUGCAGCUGAUGCACUCAAAGCUUUGCUAACUCCAAAACUUGCUAGUAUGUUAAAAGAGCAGUUUCCCAAAGACUUGUUAUCCAAAUUAAACGCAAACUUGGAGUCACCAGAGAUUAUCUGGAACUCUUCUACUCGAGCAGAAUUACUAAAAUUUGUGGACCAGCAGCGAGCAAACCAAGGCCCAGAUGGUUCAUAUGAAGUGAAAGAUUCACAUUCUUUUGUAUAUAAAGCAUUAUCAAAAGAACUUUAUGUUGGCAAUGUGUACUUGAGAGUCUAUAAUGAUCAACCAGACUUCGAGAUCAGUGAACCAGAAGCAUUCUGUGUUGCUCUUCUUGGUUUUAUUUCAAUUUUAGUCCACAAUCAAGGUGCUGCAGUUUUGGAUGACCAGGACACACUUAAUCUUGUUGGCUCAUCCUUCAAUACAUCUGAGGUUCAAACUGAUACAGCAGAUGGAUCAGUCACUGUACAGAAUGUUUCUGAUGAUUCUCUGGUAGUCUCUGAUGGGAAAGUAACAACUGAUGAAAACUCCGAACUGGUUAAGAACCUUCAGUUUGGAUUGACUUCUCUUCAGAACUUACUGACAAGCAGUCCAAAUUUGGCAUCCAUAUUUUCUACUAAAGAACAGCUGUUGCCUCUUUUUGAGUGCUUCUCUGUGUCUGUUGCUUCAGAAACUAACAUUCCUCAACUUUGCUUGAGUGUGCUGUCACUGUUGACUAUGUGUGCUCCCUGCUUGGAGGCUAUGGUUGCUGAUGGGUCCAGUCUUCUCCUUUUAUUACAAAUGCUCCACUCUGCCCCUAAUUGUCGUGAAGGGGCUCUUCAUGUUCUUUAUGCCUUGGCAAGCACACCGGAACUUGCAUGGGCAGCUGCAAAGCAUGGUGGAGUAGUGUACAUUCUUGAACUUCUCUUGCCUUUGCAAGAAGAAAUUCCCCUACAGCAGAGAGCAGCAGCUGCCUCAUUGCUAGGAAAGCUUGUUGGGCAGCCAAUGCAUGGGCCAAGAGUGGCCAUAACUUUAGCAAGGUUUCUUCCAGAUGGCCUAGUAUCAGUUAUUAGGGAUGGACCUGGUGAAGCUGUUGUAUCUGCUCUUGAACAGACAACAGAGACACCAGAACUUGUAUGGACACCAGCCAUGGCAGCUUCUUUGUCAGCGCAAAUCGCAACUAUGGCUUCAGAUCUUUAUCGUGAACAAAUGAAAGGUCGUGUUGUUGAUUGGGAUGUGCCUGAGCAGGCAUCUGGCCAGCAGGAAAUGAGAGAUGAGCCACAGGUUGGAGGAAUCUAUGUUAGGCUUUUCUUGAAAGAUCCCAAGUUUCCUCUUAGAAAUCCAAAGAGGUUCUUGGAAGGACUGCUAGACCAGUAUCUUUCAUCCAUUGCUGCCACACAUUAUGACAUGCAAGCUGUUGACCCUGAACUACCUUUGCUUCUGUCUGCUGCAUUGGUGUCAUUAUUACGAGUACACCCUGCACUUGCAGAUCAUGUAGGAUACCUUGGAUAUGUGCCUAAACUUGUGGCUGCAGUGGCCUAUGAAGGAAGACGGGAAACAAUGGCCACAGAGGAAAUGAAAAAUGGAAACCAUACUGAUGGAGCAUAUGAGACGGAGGAAGGGUCAACACAACCCAAUGCACAAACACCACAAGAACGUGUACGCCUUAGUUGUUUGCGUGUUCUACAUCAACUUGCAGCUAGCACUACAUGUGCUGAAGCUAUGGCAGCAACUAGUGUCGGAACACCUCAAGUUGUACCACUCUUAAUGAAAGCUAUCGGAUGGCAAGGUGGAAGCAUACUAGCUCUUGAAACACUGAAACGUGUUGUGGUUGCUGGAAAUCGAGCUAGGGAUGCACUUGUUGCCCAAGGGCUUAAGGUUGGCCUCGUGGAAGUACUCCUUGGCCUUCUUGAUUGGAGGGCUGGAGGGAGGAAUGGACUUUGCACUCAGAUGAAGUGGAACGAGUCUGAAGCAUCCAUUGGACGGGUGCUUGCUAUUGAGGUCUUGCAUGCAUUCGCAACUGAAGGGGCCCAUUGUUCUAAAGUGCGUGACAUAUUGAGUGCCUCUGAUGUUUGGAGUGCCUAUAAAGACCAGAAGCAUGAUCUAUUCCUUCCUUCUAAUGCUCAAUCUGCUGCUGCUGGAAUUGCUGGUCUUAUUGAGAAUUCGUCAUCCAGACUCACUUACGCCCUCACAGCUCCUCCGCAGUCUGCUUCCUCAAGACUUCCUACCUCAACCACAUAUGACACUAAUGGAAAGCACGAUUAGUAAUCCAUGAUCAAGCUAUUGUUAAAGCUUUCAUACUUGAUGCAUCUGUAUAGCGUACUGUACAGUAUUCUGCUUUUUCUCCGGUCUUUCUCUUCCCAAUUUUCUCACAGAAAAUUCAAAGGAUAAAAUCAGUCUUUCCCUGUAAAGAAAACCUCUAAACUAUUUGUAUAUUUAAGUCGGUCUAUUGCCCAAUUUGUUAUAAAUAGGUGAGGUGAUUUUGUAUGAAUUCAUGAGUAAUUUCUAUUUUUUGAGUUGAGUUGUACGCUUCUCGUUUGAGCAUAUGAGCAAUUUAUAUGUUGGGUG